GUUCUUCAUUCCCGCUGGCUUUUCUUUGGUAGAAGACAGAGAGGACUUUGGUGGAGAGGAUUCCUAUGCCGAUUUAGGGCAGAAGUCAAGUAGGUUCUCCACGCCAAUCAUCAUCUCCCUCACUCUCUCCCUACUCUACCCUAAACCAGACCCUGGUCUGAGCGAGAAAGAGAGCUACAGGAACCAGCCAUUUCAUUCAUUCCACCAUUACGCCCGAGUAUUAUGGGUGUGAUUAAGGCGGCGAUCGGCGAUGCGCUGUUGACCUUCAUGUGGGUGUUCUCCGCCUCCACGCUCGGCAUCGGCACCUCCGCUGUCGCCUCCGCGCUCGGAGUCCUCCAUCCGAUGGCGUCUCUCUUCAUCACCACCGCUUUGCUAUUCGUCCUCCUGUUCGUUUUCGGCAUCCUCAGCGAUGCCCUCGGCGGCGCCAGCUUUAACCCCACGGGUAUUGCUGCGUUCUACGCUGCCGGCUUCGGGAGCGACUCUCUAGUCUCUGCUGCAGUCCGUUUCCCCGCUCAGGCUGCGGGUGCCGUUGGUGGUGCAAUUGCGAUAAUGGAAGUAAUCCCUUCACACUACAGGCACAUGGUUGGAGGGCCUUCUUUGAAGGUUGAUGUCCACACAGGAGCAAUUGCAGAGGGAGUGCUGACUUUCAUUAUGUCCUUUAUUGUUUUUGUUGUCCUCUUGAGGGGUCCUAAGAAUUCAUUUGUCAAGAAUUGGUUGCUUGCCAUAUCAACAGUCACCCUAGUCAUUAUUGGUUCUAGCUAUACAGGUCCUUCCAUGAAUCCUGCUAAUGCAUUUGGCUGGGCUUACACAAACAAUCUGCACAAUACAUGGGAGCAGUUUUACGUCUACUGGAUUUUCCCCUUCAUUGGAGCAAUCCUGGCAGCUUGGAUUUUCCGUGCUGUGUUUCCACCCCAGGUGAAGCCCAAGAAGCAGCCUAAGGCAAAGAAAAACUGAAAAGGUGGUUGAGUGUUAGACUGCACCUCAAGAACUCUAUAUAUAUAUAUGUAUGAUGGCUAAGUGCACCUCUUGUAAGUGGGUUGUGUUUUAGAAUCUUGUUUUAAUUUGAUUGAAUUAGAAUCUUCAUCCAAUAAAGAUUUUGCCGUUUG